UGUCAAUACCGCACAAUGUCAUACCGCAUAACGUCAUACGUCACAGACCGAAUUCUCCAAAGCGCAAUCUCUCUGUUAAUAUUGAACGUAGAAAGUUGCUGUUUGGACCGAUCUUAUUUUUUCUUAGCUGCUCAACAAGAAUCAAGCGGCAAAAAUCGAUUCUGUGAUCAGCGCACCUGACCCAUUAGGUAUUGCGGAGGAUGGACUCCGCGCCAAGCGGGGGAAAGCGCGUGGAGAAAAAGCCGAGUCUGUGGCGGAAGCGAUUGCUUAAAGAAGAAGACGAGACCGAGGUGGUGCCGGCGAUAGAGCAGCUGGUUCUCUUGACGGCAGACGACAGAGUAUUCGAAAGCGAAGACAUCCUCGCCGACGCAGAGGAGAAUGUCAUCCCCUCGCCUUACGCCCAUGACUCCAUCUCCGAGAGCGCAAAAAAAUACGACUCGGACGCCAAUUUCUCCGACUGUUACUUGGCAAUCGUCAGGGCAUUGAAAGAGCUACAGAAUAAAACUCCCCGCCCCAUCGUGUCGUUGGAAGCUCUGGAGAGCGAACUAGAAACCAAGCCAGCUUUCUACCCCAAACCAAUACCAAGAAAAGUUUUGAAGAGCUUUCAAAGGAAACUGGAAAAACACGACCUGGAUCCAAGCUUGCUGGAGAAUAAGUUCCAAAAGGUAUUCAGCAAGGAGCGCAGGCGUCAUCCCGACAAUAAAGGAACAAACAACAUGAAUAGUUUGUGGCAGAUGCUCGCAACUUACAAUGAAUUCACCGUGACCAAGCCGGAUUUCAACAUUUACGAUGAGAAAUGUCAUUGGCUCGAUCAAAGACCGUUACCAUGGAUCAUUCAAGAGAAUUCCAGAAAGAAAUGCGCUCAAUGGUUGACCAGAAAUUUUGAAUGAGUCAAUGUAUCUGCUGAUGUCCUGUCCAAAUCCUGAUUAUACCUGUUGGGUCCAAGACGAGUCGCGUAGCUCAGUUUCUGAGUAACAAGAAGAGGUCGAAAACUCAUGUUCGCAGACCCUGCUCAAGUACUUGAAUUCAAAUUGCGCGGUUCCAUAUUGAAUUUCAAUCUUCCUGUGGACAAGGCUGCCAUGAGUUGCAAGAAAAAAUUCUCUAUCUUGGCCCGGUUCGACUAAAAUAACAUUUAUUGUUUUAAUCUAAAAAAUAUUCUUAAAUAAAAUUAUCAAUUAUACGUUAAAAUACACGCAGGAGAAAACAUUAAAGUUCAGUGUGACAAUUCAAAUUACCUACCUGAAAAUGAGACCACCACAUGAGAUAAUUUAAGUUUGGUUCUGAUGAACGUGUAGCACAGUUCGCGCCAUUUCAGUGAUAAAGGAAAACAAUUGUUUAUCACCUCUGUAAUCUGAUCAGAGACAAAAUCUGAUCAAGUGA